AUGUUGUCUGAGUCUCGUCGAUUACAACUACCAGCUCUGCGUCUCAUGGUAAUGGAUGGGUUUGGGUAUGGCCAGUUUGUUCAGCAUUCUAAUAUUGAAAGCAAUGUGGACUGGCACAUGAAGAAAGCAUUGGAUCACAUCAAGACCGCCAACAUCAAUGGGGGUGCUUUGCAAGUAGUGAUGGUGGACAAGGACAUGGAAAUACAUUUUGGAGUAGGUACUUUAUAA